AUGCCUACAGAACUAUGUGCGGUCUGUGGCAUUCCCGCCGGGCAACGAUGUUCCGGCUGUCAACAGGUGACCUAUUGUGGGCGGGAACAUCAGCGGCGUCACUGGAAGGAUGCUCAUCGAGCCGAGUGUCGCUGCUACAAGGUCUCCCGUAAUGCCAUCUUGGGUCGCCACCUAGCGGCAACAAGACCAAUCCGUCGCGGAGAGAUAAUUUAUCGCGAUCCACCGAUGCUGAUUGGACCGAAAAUAAAUAGCGUCCCACUGUGUUUGGGCUGCCACAGAAAUCUUGCUCCACAAUUGCCCGCUCACAAUGAACAACAACCCGCUAGUAGAAAGACGCUGUACACUUGCCGCCACUGUGGGUGGCCUUUGUGUGGCCCAUCCUGUGAAAGCUCUUCCCUGCACACCGAUGAGUGCCAGCUGUUUCGUUCCAGAAAUUAUCGACCGCAUAUCGUUCUUCACGAGAAUGAACCGAAACGUAAGGAUCCCGCGUAUUGCGUAAUUGUUCCGUUGCGUGCAAUUAUGUUAGCGAAAAAGGAUCCCCGUAAAUAUGCGAAAAUGCGUACUUUCGAGUCCCAUCUGGAAACACGCACCAGCACUCCGCUUUAUGCGGUGCUGAAAUCUAAUUUGGUACCAUUUAUUCGCAAUGUCCUUGGCCUGCAUGAGUUUGGCGAGGAUGAGUUACUGCAACUGGCCGGCAUCAUGGACACCAAUAGCUACGAGAUACGCGUGCCGAAAAGAGAUAUUAAAAUUCGUGGCAUCUACGAGCUUGGUGCGAUGAUGUCCCACGAUUGUCGGCCCAAUACCAAACACUUCUUUGAUGAGCAACUAAAUAUGGUGCUGGUAGCAGCAGUGGACAUCCGAAAGGACGACGUAAUUUGCACAUCAUACUGCCAGCCACUGUUGCCAACGAUCCAGCGUCGUUACGUUCUCAAGUUGGCAAAAUGCUUCGAAUGCCUUUGUGACCGUUGUCGGGAUCCAACCGAACUGGGCACCUAUCUAGGUUCUAUUAUUUGCCCCAAGUGCAGUCAAGCGAAGAUGAUUGCCACCAAUCCGUUGGAUUUCCGUUCCGAUUGGCAGUGUCAGCGAAGUAGCGAACAGUGUUCCUACCGCGAAUCAGCUCAGCGUUAUGUUCAACGAAACGAAACAUUUCAGGCGGAAAUAAUGGCGCUUCGUAAAAGUGGUACACAGUAUUUUGAACGUUUUCUCGACACGUUCCAGGAAACGACGUUGCAUCCGUGGAAUGCCAAUGUGUUGCAGGUGAAGUACGCUCUCUGCCAGCUGUAUGACAGUCUACUAGAGGGACCAGUUUCAACUCAAGCUUUAACAGAGCAACAGAAGCGCCGACAGGUUGAACUCUGUCGGGACUUGUUGGCGGUGGCCGAAAUUCUCGAACCCGGUCAGAGCCUUUUCCGUGCCAAGCUACUCCUACAUCUUCGUGCUGCACUGAUAGCAUUACUUCCCACCCAGGUACAAAGUAAGCAGCCGAAUCUGGAAAAUCCUGCGCCGGAAGUGCCAACCGGAGCCAAAACCAAACAAUCGCUUGCUUCGGAUCGCACCGUAAAACGUCAGCAGCUGGAACGGGUUCAGCAGGAACUUGAAGAAAUGCUCCGGUCUGACCCGACACUUGAUGGGUUGCUGUAG